AUGUGCGCCCAGAUGUGCGCCGGGACGGACAGCGGGACGCGCCAUGGACCGUACGAGCAGGUGGGCACCCAGAUGUGCGCCCGGAGCUGCCCCCGGACCCGCGCCCAGAUGUGCACCCCAAUGGGCACCGGCACCUUAACGGGCACAGGGAGCUGCCCUGGGGCGCCCACCCAGAUGUGCAGCCAGAUGUGCACCGGGACGCGCCAUGGGACAUAGGAGCAAGCAGGUACUCAGGUGUGCACCCAGAUGUGCAGCCAGAUGUGCACCCAGACGGACAGUGGGACCCGCGGCCAGGCGGGCACCCAGAUGUGCAGCCAGAUGUGCGCCAGGACGAGCACCCAGAGCCACCCCAGGCCACCCGGAGGGACAGGCACCGGAGCCUGCAAAGGGACGUCACCCUUGGGGACACCGGGAAUGGGGACACUGCGGAUGGGGACACCGCGGACGGGGACAUCUCGCACGAGGACCUUGCACACGAGGACACGUCACACGAGGACACGUCACACGGGGACACGUCACGCGGGGACAUCGCAAUUGGGGACAUCGCAAUUGGGGACAUCACGCACGGGGACUUGUCCCACGACGCCGACCCUGGGACCCCUACACGGACCCCUAUGGGGACCCCAACACCUAUGAGGACCCUGGCCCCUAUGGGGACCCCACCUCCUAUGGGGACCCCAGCCCCUAUGGGGACCCCAGCCCCUAUGGGGACCCCAACCCCUAUG